AUGAGUGAUAGUGAUGUUGCGUGUGAUUCUCCCAAUGCGCUAAAGCGGAAGCCGGACGACGACGAGAAAGCACUUGAAGCAGAAAUCAAAAGGGUUGCACUAGACGAUGUGCUGCCAGGUGCUGCACGGAUUUCUGAUUAUAUUCAUAUGCGGAUGCUGUGUCUUGUGAAGGAUGCAUCAAUGGUGGUUGGGCACAAAGGAGAGCGGAUCUCGCGCAUUAAGCUCGAGACCGGGACGCGGAUUAAUGUCUCUGAGAAUAUCAAAAACGUGCCUGAGCGAGUGGUCUUCCUGCGCGGAUCGUGCGAGAAUGUGGCCAAGGCAUUCGGCAAGAUUUCGAGGGCCAUCAAUGACGAGGACGACCGGGAAUCCAACGACCGAUCGCUGCCUCUGACGGUUAACCUGCUGGUACCGCACCAUCUGAUGGGCUACGUGAUCGGCAAACAGGGCUCGAGACUACGGGAAAUCGAGGACCUGAGUGCCGCCAGGCUGGUCGCAGGCCCGCAGCAGCUGCCGCUGUCGAACGAUAGGGUGCUGUGCAUAACAGGGGUUGCGGACGCUAUCCACAUUGCGACCUACUAUGUGGGCCAGACCAUCCUGAGCUGCGAACCCAAGUACCGAGCGCGCAAGACCAUCUUCUACCAGCCAAGCGCAAUGCACUCGGUGCUGGUGAACAACUACGGGAUCGCUAUCCAGCAUCAGCAGCAUCAUCAGUACCAUCCCGGGGACAAGGCGAAGCGGUCGCGGUCGCGCAUGUCUCCUGCCCUGCCUCCCACGCCCAACGAGGUGGUGUUCCACUCUUAUCUUCCUCUUGGCGCCCCGGUCCCAGGCUCUCUCGCGGUCGCCAACAACCUUGCACUGCCCCACGUCCGGAUCGUGGAGGGCAUCAAUCCGCAGACACGUAUCACGUCGGUGGUCCAGGAGAUAUUUAUAGAGGAGUUAAUGGUCGGGAAUGUCAUUGGGAGAGGUGGCAAGAACAUAACUCAAAUCAAGGAGUCUACUGGCUGCUCCAUUCAGAUUGCGGACCCUGUUCCCGGCAAAGACGAAAGGAAAUUGACCAUCAUUGGCACUCCCAUCGGGAACCAGACCGCGGUCAUGAUGAUCAACAACAAGAUAGAUAUCGACAAAAGGAAUCAGCAUAAUCGACAUAGCCAGCAGCACAAUGGACACAUGAAGACAUGA